GAGGGCGGUCCCGGUGUGUUGGUGUCGACAAGCGGGACACCAUAGGGAAAAAGAAGAUGUCCGGUCGUCGCGUGGCUGCAGCGUGUGACCGACGGCAGCUGCCGCGGGGCAUGGGGAGUAUGGGGAGCAUGGCAGCUCCGCUGCUCGACCCGCGGCCGCUACGGCUGCCGUUUCUGGAGGCUGACAGUCGGCUCCAAUCGAUGUGCGGGCGCUCGAUGCAGCAGCCCUCGCGGAGGAGCGUUCUUCGGUCUCGGCCGCCGCCGCCGCCUCCUCCUUUACCGCCGCCGCCGAUCGAUGCGCUCAGAGCUCCGGUCGCCAUUUUAGGGGCAGAGCGAGGGAGGCAGAAGGAAGGGUCGGCCCCUCCGAGGCAUUCCUUGCUCACAAUGUAUAGGACAAAAGUCAGCUUGAAAGACCGUCAGCAACUUUAUAAGCUAAUCAUUAGUCAGCUCCUGUAUGAUGGAUACAUAAAUAUUGCCAAUGGUUUAAUAAACGAGAUCAAACCACAGUCAGUUUGUGCGCCAUCUGAACAACUGCUGCAUCUUAUUAAAUUAGGGAUGGAGAAUGAUGACAGUGCUGUUCAGUAUGCAAUUGGACGGUCAGAUACAGUAGCUCCAGGCACAGGAAUCGACUUAGAAUUUGAUGCAGAUGUACAGACCAUGUCUCCUGAGGCUUCUGAGUAUGAGACUUGUUAUGUCACAUCUCAUAAGGGACCGUGUCGUGUAGCAACGUAUAGCAGAGAUGGACAGCUAAUAGCUACAGGAUCUGCUGAUGCCUCAAUAAAAAUUCUUGAUACGGAGAGAAUGCUGGCCAAAAGCGCUAUGCCCAUAGAGGUCAUGAUGAAUGAGACAGCACAGCAAAACAUGGAAAAUCACCCUGUUAUUCGGACUCUGUAUGAUCAUGUGGAUGAAGUUACAUGUUUAGCUUUUCAUCCGACAGAACAGAUCCUAGCAUCUGGUUCAAGGGACUACACACUUAAAUUGUUUGACUAUUCAAAACCUUCUGCCAAAAGAGCCUUCAAAUACAUACAGGAAGCAGAGAUGUUGCGCUCAAUCUCUUUCCAUCCUUCUGGAGAUUUCAUACUUGUGGGUACCCAGCACCCUACUUUACGACUCUAUGAUAUCAAUACUUUCCAGUGUUUUGUGUCUUGCAAUCCUCAAGAUCAGCACAUCGAUGCCAUAUGUUCAGUCAAUUACAACGCCAGUGCAAACAUGUACGUGACGGGCAGUAAGGAUGGAUGCAUCAAACUGUGGGAUGGUGUUUCAAAUCGCUGUAUCACUACUUUUGAGAAGGCACAUGAUGGAGCUGAAGUCUGUUCUGCGAUUUUCUCCAAAAAUUCCAAGUAUAUCUUGUCAAGUGGAAAAGACUCUGUAGCUAAACUGUGGGAGAUAUCUACUGGUCGGACGCUGGUCAAGUACACAGGAGCUGGUUUGAGUGGACGUCAGGUGCACAGGACACAAGCAGUCUUCAACCACACGGAAGACUACGUGCUGCUGCCAGAUGAAAGGACCAUAAGUCUCUGCUGCUGGGAUUCGAGAACUGCUGAGCGAAGAAAUCUCCUUUCUCUUGGGCACAACAGCAUUGUCCGCUGUAUUGUCCAUUCUCCCACCAACCCCGGCUUCAUGACCUGCAGUGAUGACUACAGGGCUAGAUUUUGGUACAGAAGGUCAACAACAGAUUAAGGACACCUUUAUAAAAGAAUGAUUAUCCAGAUUCCUUAUAUCAUCUUCUAUUGAUUGUACUGCCAACAGAUGCCUAAGUGAGAGCUACGCUGUGUCUGGUUUUUGUUUUGUGUUUCUGAUUCUGUCAGAGGGCAGAAAAAUAUUGAAAUACUGAAACUGAAGUUUUGCCCCACGCUAAUUUUUUUUAUUAGUGUGCGUGGCAUUAAUUUUUUUUUUUUAAAGUCAUCUCUGAUUUUACUCAAGGAGUUGGGGUGUGGAAUAAAAUGAUCCUUGCAGGAAGGAUUAAACUUAUUCUCCUGUCUUUCUGAAUCCUGUGAAAGAUAAUGUGACUAAAUCUUGCUCAAACUGGGCAGUGUGAGCCGGUUUUGCUCUGCAUUGUAUCUGUGCAAUCCCCCUAAAGUCUGUUUAAAGAAUGGAUUACACGAGCGACGGUAGAACUCGGCGAAUGUUUUAAUGAAGCCUUAAGCCAUCUUCGGUUCCGAUUCACGCUUUGAAGCUCUUUUAUAUCUUUCAGUUUCUUUCCCUCAGUUGGCCAAGUGGGCCUCUGGUUCUGAGCCGGUUUUGUGCCAUAAGAAUUUGAAACGUGGUUUUAAAUUGUUUAGAUGAAUUGAAGAAAUGGUGUUCUAGUUCUGAUAUUAAAGUUCAGACUUGAAA